AUGGACUUUGAGAUUGAAUUGCUUGUAGUCGUCGAUGAUGUUGUGUUCUGGGCCACGCCCCUGCCUCUAUUAUAUACGCUAGAUGGGACCUUUGUGAACAAUGACGAUGAUGGUGGCGGUGACUUUGGCACGAGGAACAAAGGAGCUGGUGCCAAAGAUGUACCCGUGGACGAUGACGACGUUGUUGAUGUAUUGUUCGUCGUGGUCAUCGUUGACGGGGAUGAACGGUGGAGGGGUCGCAAGUAG